UAUCUGUUCUGAUGCUCAAACUGAAGAAAAUGAUUCACCUGAUUAUCUUCAAUCUGACCCUACUGUAUCUAUUUGUUGUGUCUGAUGCUGUUACUGUGAAGCCAGUGAUGGUUGGAGAAUCAGUCACUCUAGUAAUACAGAGAAAUGGGGACAUCGAGUGGAAGUUUGGAGAUCGGAACAUUCUCAUAGCUCAGAUCAGCGGCUAUAAAAUCGCAUUGCAUGAUGAUGCUCUUGGUGGGAGUUUCAAAGGCAGACUGAUACUGGCUCCGACUGGAUCCCUGACCAUCAACAACACCAGAAUAACAGACUCUGGAAAUUAUGAAGCAAUCUACACCAGAACAUCAAAUCUACUCGACACAUUCAAGCUGACUGUGCACGCUCCUCUUCCAAUUCCUGUCAUUUCCACCUACUUCUCUCCAUGCCCAAAUACAUCAUCGGAGUCGAGAUGUGUGCUGCUGUGUUCAGUGGUGAAUGUGAGUGCUGUGAGUCUCUCCUGGUACAAAGGAAACAGGGUAUUGUCCAGCAUCAGUGCGUCUGAUCUUAGCAUCAGUCUCUCUCUACCUCUGGAGGUGGAAACUCAGGAUAAAAACACCUACAGCUGUGUGGUCAGCAACCCCCUCAGCAACCAGACCACGCAUCUGGACAUCGACAAACUCUGUAACACAUGCUCAGAUGGCCUCUGUCGUACUGCUGUGAUCCUUUUGGCUCUCUCUGCUGUGCUGGUCAUUGCUCUGGUGGCUGUACUGGUUUAUGAGUUCAGAUCCAGAUGUCUUCAAAAGAAGAAGAGUGUGCAGGAAGAAGCAAAACACACCUAUUCAUCUCUAAAUUUUGCAAAGUAA